AUGUCAGAUGUCAGUCUUUCAGUGGAAGUAACUCACAACCGGAUCUGUCCACACUGUCUGGAUCUCCUUAAGGAUCCUGUGACUAUUUCCUGUGGACACAGUUACUGUAUGGGCUGUAUUAAGGGCUGCUGGGAUCAGGAUGAUCAGAAGGGAGUCUACAGCUGCCCCCAGUGCAGAGAGACCUUCAGUCUGAGACCAGUGCAGAAACUGAAGAAGACGAGACUCCAAGCUGCUGCUCCUCCUGCUCACUGUUAUGCUGGACCUGGAGAUGUGGAGUGUGGUGUUUGUACUGGGAGAAAACUCAAAGCCAUCAAGUCCUGUCUGGUGUGUCUGGAUUCCUACUGUCAAACUCACUUUGAACAACAUGAAAAACUUCACUCAGGAAAGAGACACAAAGUGAUUGAUGCCACUGGACAACUACAGGAGAAGAUCUGCUCUCUUCAUGAGAGAUUGUUUGAAGUUUAUUGUCACACUGACCAACAGUGUAUCUGCGUGAUUUGUGUUAUGGAAGGACACAACGGACAUGACAUGGUCUUGCCAGAGAGAGAAAGAGUUGAAAAACAGAAGCAGUUGGGAGAAAGUCAGAGGAAAACCCAGCAGAGAGUCCAGGAGAGAGAGAAGGAGGUGCAAGAGCUGAGACAGGCUGUGGAGUCUCUGAGGCACUCUGCACAGGCAGCAGUGGAGGACAGUGAGAGGAUCUUUACUGAGCUGAUCCACUCCAUUGAGAGAAGGCGCCGUGAGGUGACAGAGCUGAUCAGAUCUCGGGAGAAGAGUGAACUGAGUUGGGCUGAAGGAGUCCUGGAGCGACUGGAGCAGGAGAUUUCUGAUCUGAGGAGGAGAGACGCUGAGCUGGAGCAGCUUUCACACACAGAGGAUCACAUCCAUUUCCUCCAGAGUUUCCCAUCUCUCUGUGACCCUCCUGGAUCUGAAGACUUACCCAGCAUCACUGUCAGUCCACACCUCUCUUUUGAGGAUGUAAGAAAAUCUGUCUCUCAGCUGAAAGAGCAGCUGGAGGAUUUCUGUAAGCAGGAGUUUGGAAGAUUUUCCAAUAAAAAGAAGAUCAGUUGUCCUGUGCUGAGAAACAGAGAACAGUUCGUACAGUAUUCCUGUGAUCUCACACUGGAUCCCAACACAGCACAUAAACACCUCUGUCUGUCUGAGGGGAACAGAGAGGUGACAUGCAGUAACACAAUCCAGUCAUAUCCUGAUCAUCCAGAGAGAUUUGAUGGGUGGGGUCAGGUACUGGGUGGACAGGGUUUGUCUGCACUCUGUUACUGGGAGGCUGAGUGGAGUGGGGGUGAUGGGGUUGAUAUAGCUGUAUCAUAUGAAAGCAUCAGGAGAAAAGGUGUGGGUAAUGAGUGUAGGUUUGGACGUAGUGACCAGUCCUGGAGUUUGUACUGCUCUCCCUCCAGUUCUUCAUUCUGGCACAAUAAUGAAGAGACUAAACUCUCCAUAGUUCCCAAUUCCUCCAGAAUAGGAGUAUAUAUGGACCACAGUGCAGGAACUCUGUCCUUCUACAGCAUCUCUGACACAAUGACCCUCCUCCACAGAGUCCACACCGCAUUCACUCAGCCCCUCUAUCCUGGGUUUACUGUCUGGCCAGGGUCAACAGUGAAGUUAUGUCACAAUACAAAAUAA